AUGUCUUAUGUUGCUUUUACAACUGAACAUGACCAAAACGUAAUGCCGUGCAAUCGAGAUUCUGGACAUACAGGUGUUAAUCAACUCGGUGGUGUAUUUGUUAAUGGUCGACCACUACCUGAUUCAACCCGUCAAAAAAUCGUUGAUUUGGCACAUCAAGGAGCUCGGCCAUGCGAUAUUUCAAGGAUUUUGCAAGUCUCCAAUGGCUGUGUAUCGAAAAUUCUAUGUCGAUAUUACGAAUCGGGUACAAUUAGACCACGAGCAAUCGGCGGCUCAAAACCUCGUGUUGCGACAGUCAGUGUAUGCGAUAAAAUUGAAAGUUACAAACGCGAACAACCUUCCAUUUUUGCUUGGGAAAUACGGGAUAAAUUAUUACACGAGAAGGUGUGCUCCCCCGAUACAAUACCUAGCGUGUCGUCGAUCAACAGAGUACUGCGAAAUCUAGCUGCAAAAAAGGAACAGCAAGCGAUGCAAAAUGAUUUCUACGAUCGGGCGCUGCGAUAUUCUUCAACCCAGUGGUACAAUCAAUGGCCGAUGGGUGUACCUAGUGCCGUCGGUUUAGCGCAGUUACCACCACUGACACAGGCAAAUCAUCUUAAUAAGAAAGAUUCUGAUGAGGAUCAGAAACCACCUAAUGAUCCAGACGAAGAUACAGCUGCAAGAAUGCGGUUAAAACGUAAACUGCAGCGUAAUCGUACUUCGUUUAGCCAGGAACAAAUUGAAGCUUUAGAAAAAGAAUUUGAGAGGACACAUUACCCAGAUGUCUUUGCUCGUGAGAGACUGGCUACAAAGAUCGGUUUACCUGAAGCGCGCAUACAGGUGUGGUUUUCGAACAGGAGAGCUAAAUGGCGUCGUGAAGAGAAGCUAAGAAAUCAAAAACGACCGCCAGGUAUGGAUACAGCAAUGGCACCAGCUAGUUCCAAUGUCAGUGCUAAUAGCGCUGCCGGCAGUUCCGGCUCAACACAAGGUAGCUUAUUAAAUCCUGGAAGCACGGGUACACCUCUGGGUAGUAGUCCAACUACUACACCAGCAAGGUUUAAUAAUCCGGUUAUUAGCAGUAACUUUGCUCCUUCCAGCACACAAAUGUAUCCUUUAUCGCAACCUACAAUGGAUCCUUACAGCUUUGCAAACGCUGGAUUAGGAAUGGGGGCACCACAACAUCCGUCUGAUUUUAGUUCUUAUCAUAUGUUUUCUGGCACUGGAAGGUCACCUUACGAUGCUUUUCAUCCAUAUACUAGAACAGUUCAGCCAGGUGCACCACCUACAUUUGCUUCUACAAUGAACCAUUCUUCAAUCUCCAACGUUGGUGGUCUUGGUGCAGGCAUGAGUUUGCCGGUCUCUGUAUUAUCAACAAUUGAUCAAGCAAUUCCGUCGCAACAACCGCCACGAUUCGAUGAUUUAACAGACGCACAUCAUGAUCCACAAUACUGGCGUACCAAUUUUUCGUCCUAA